AGAAUUCUACUAGUUACAUUAAUUAAUUGCAUUUCAUACAUUACAGAAUAUUAUGUUUAGUUGUAUGAAUUGCUUGAAAUUUUUAUUUUUUUUCCUUUUCUUUUAAAGUAGUGUCUUAAAUAAAAUGUAAACUAUAAAAGCUAUUAAAAAAUUUUUUUAAAAUUUUCCUUUGCUACAAUUAAAUCACUAUUAAAGUAGUAUUUCCUUCUUGACAGUGACUUCACCCAAUCAAAGUCAAAUGGACUCAUCUCAUUUUGAUGAUAACUUCUUAAAAUUGAAUCUACUCACAAGUAUUAUUGGAGUCAUAUAUACUGUCAGGCAUAUAAUGAUGCAAAUUCCUAGAAGACAGAUUUAUCAACCAUUGACAACUAUUAAACUAUUAAAAUGUCUCUCUGAAAAAAGCAUUACAAUAAAAAAACAAAAAAGUCCAAAAAAACGAUGUUGGAAAAGACAGACAUCUAGUGUACAUUGGGAAAUAACUAUUCCUAAAUAUACUGAUACAUAUUUUCAUAUAAAGUUUCAUGUCUCAAAAUAUACUUUUCAGGAUAUAUUAAAGUACUGUUCCCCUUAUUUAAUGAAAAAGGAUACUAAUAUGAGAUGUGCUAUACCAGUAGAAAAACGUGUUGGUAUUGCUAUUCAUGUGUUGAGUAAUGCUUCUGAUUACACUACAAUUGCAAAUUUAUAUGGAAUUGGUAAAAGUACCGUGGGAAAAAUUUUGAAGGAAUUUUGUGAUGUUUUAUGCCAAGUUUUGUAUCAGCAGAUCAUAAAAUUGCCCUCCACAUCAAGUGAUUUGGAUGAAGUUGUGAAUGGAUUUUUUAAUCAGUGGAAUUUUCCAGAUGUAUUUGGUUGUCUUGAUGGAAUCCAUAUUCCAAUAAUGGCUCCAAAAAGAGGUUAUCCAGAUGAUUAUAGAAAUGAUCAGAAAGGUUUUUCAAUAGUUCUUUUGGGUUUGUGUGAUCAUAAAUACAAUUUUAGAUAUAUUAAUGUUGGUUCUCCUGGUAAGAUGUCUAAUGCUGAAAUAUUUGAAAAUACUUUAUUGAGUAAAUUUGCAAAACAGCAGGUUUUGUUUCCCAAAGAGAGAGACUUACAUAUUGUUGCUAAUGCUUCUUUUCCCUUUAAUCUGUGGUUAAUGAGACCUAUUUUGCAUUCUAAUUUAAGCAAAGAAGAAGAAAAUUUUAAUAAUUCUAUUUCUAAUGUUUUGACUGCAAUAAAGGAGACAUUUGCUAGAUUAAAAGGAAGAUGGAAAAUUUUAAUGAGAAGAUGUGAUAUAAAAUUAGAAGAUGUAAAUAAAAUAAUUGUUGCUUGUUGCAUUUUACAUAAUAUUUGUGAAAAAAAUGGUGAUGCAUUUUUAAAUGAAUGGUAUGUGGAUAAUAUUGAUAACCCUGUAUUGAUUCUUCAGAAUAAUAAUGAAAUAUCAGAUGAUGCUACAGUGAAAAGGAACAAACUUAUUUAUGAUUUAGUUAAACUUUAAUGAAAUUCUAUAGUAUUAAUAACUAUACAUUCUUUAAUCAUAAUUGUAUUGUGUAAUUUGUAACGAUGAUUAAAUGUGAUUUCUAAACUUUG